CCCCGCCCCGCCCCCGCAGCAGCAGCUCUCCGGGACGGACCGCGGCCAUGGCUGCGCUCGCUAACUCGGGAGCGACGUCCAGUCCCGUGGUGAUUCUGGCGCCCAAGACCAAGACGAAGAAGAAGCACUUCGUGCAGCAGAAGGUGAAGGUGUUCCGGGCCAGCGACCCCGUCCUCAGCGUCUUCAUGUGGGGCGUCAACCACUCGAUCAACGACCUGAACCAGGUCCCGGUUCCCGUCAUGCUGCUGCCCGACGACUUCAAGGCCAACACCAAGGUCAAGGUCAACAACCACCUGUUCAACAGAGAGAACCUGCCGGGACACUUCAAGUUCAAGGAGUACUGUCCUCAGGUCUUCAGGAACCUGCGGGAACGCUUCGGCAUCGAGGACCUGGACUACCAGGUGUCUCUGACCCGCAGCCCGCCGUCCCGGAGCGCCGGCGACCAGGACGACUGUCUGCUGCUCAACUCCUACGACCGGACGCUGGUCGUCAAGCAGAUCUCCAGCGAGGACGUGGCGGACAUGCACAGCGUCCUGUCCGAGUACCACCAGCACAUCGUGAAGUGUCACGGCAGCACGCUGCUGCCUCAGUUCCUGGGGAUGUACCGGGUGAGCGUGGACAGCGAGGAGACCUACCUGAUGGUCAUGAGGAACAUGUUCAGCCACCGGCUGCUGGUGCACAGGAAGUACGACCUGAAGGGCUCUCUGGUGGCUCGAGAAGCAAGUGACAAAGAGCGGGGGAAGGAGCUUCCCACCUUCAAGGACGUGGACUUCAGGAACAACAUGCAGAAGGUUUAUGUGAGCGACGAGCAGAAGGAGAAAUUCAUGGAGAAGCUGAACAGAGACGUGGAGUUCCUGGUCCAGCUGAAGAUCAUGGACUACAGCCUGCUGCUGGGCAUCCACGACGUGGGCCGGGCGGAGCGGGCGGAGGACGAGGAGGACGAGGCGCCGGCCGAGGACGAGGACGACGGCGAGAACGGCGCGGCGGCCGGAUCCUACGGCACGUCGCCCGAGGGCAUCGCCGGGUACCUGACCUCCUGCAGACCCCUGGGGCCCGGAGAGUUCGACCCCUACGUGGACGUUUACGCCGUGCACAGCUGCUCAGGCGCUCCUCAGAGGGAGGUCUACUUCAUGGGGCUGAUCGAUGUUCUCACUCAGUACGACACCAAGAAGAAAGCGGCGCAUGCAGCCAAAACCGUGAAACACGGGGCCGGAGCAGAGAUCUCCACCGUUCAUCCGGAGCAAUACGCCAAACGCUUCAGAGAUUUCAUCUCAAACAUUUUUGCCUAAAGUGUUUGAGUCGAGUCGUCUCCUGGAGAACCGUGGAGCCGCCACGUUCUGCUGCUGAUGCUUGUAUUUAUUUGGAAGGCUGACGGUGUGUGUGUGUGUUGACGGGACGAUGCGGAGGAUUAGACGCCGCUUCGACUUCUGUCAAGUCAAACCUGGAGACCAAGCGGACCCGACGGGGUUCGGGCCAAAUCAGGAAAAACUUUUUUACUGUACGUUCUCGAAAUAAAGUCUGUUUCUCAACUUCCAA